AUGCGGGUCAAGGAAGCCUGGUUGCAAUGGCAUUGCAUACUUGCGAUGGCAUUGUCGGAGUGUAUCUUUGAAUGGAUAGUCGAAGCGUUACCAAAUGGAUUUAGUGGAGAUGACAUCCGAGCGCGUUUGCUGACGGAUUCCUAUGCGUCAGUUGUCCGAUAUUACAAGUUGAAUUGUCGGCUUGAUGCUCAGACAAGGACACGACAAGCUUUGUCUUAA